GGCAGUGCUCAGGAUCGGUCGGCAGCGUCGCUGCUCAGUUGUCGCUUCCGUCGGUUGCGCUGUCAGUCAGGUCCCUGGUCGCCAUGCAGCUGGCCCCGAUGCCAGCCCCGGGCGCGCGCCACGCCGUGCUGCUGAGGGACGCCACGAAGAGCUACGGCAAAGUCGGCGUGCUCAAGAACCUCAACAUGAACGUCCGCUACGGAACUGUGUACGGUCUGCUGGGCGCCAGCGGGUGCGGGAAGACGACGCUUCUGAGCUGCGUGGUUGGCAAGCAUGAGCUGGACUCCGGCUCCAUCGCCGUCAUGGGUUACCAGCCUGGGGCGCCCGGCUCUGGCAUCCCUGGCAGGAGGCUCGGCUUCAUGCCUCAGGAAACAGCUCUAUACCUCAAUUUCACGAUUCGAGACACUAUUAGGUAUUUCGGAUGGAUAUACGAGAUAGAAGCCAGCGAGGUUGCGAACAGAACAGAGUAUCUGCUGGAGCUGCUGGAACUUCCGGAUGCGGAUGUCAUGACCAAGAACUUGAGCGGCGGCCAGAGGAGGCGCGUGUCCUUCGCGGUGGCGCUGCUGCAAGACGCGGACCUGCUGGUGCUGGACGAGCCCACCGUGGGCAUGGACCCGGUGCUGCGAGAAGUCAUCUGGAGGCACCUGCUGCACCUCAGCGACGCCCGUGGCAAGACCAUCCUCUUCACCACGCACUACAUCGAGGAGGCGCGCCAGGCGCACAGGAUAGGGCUGAUGCGCAACGGCCGGCUGCUGGAGGAGGGCUCGCCCGCCAGUCUGGUCAGCAAGCACGGGCUGUCCGGCCUCGAGGACGUGUUCCUGCUGCUGAGCCUGCGCCAGGAGAGUGGCGAGCCCCUGCCGAACACAUCAACUGAACACCAGAAGAUCGAAAAUUCUAAUUUGGAAUUGGCCGUUGAAGAAACUAACCAUCAAGGUUCCGGAAGAAGUGACGUGUUGAUGUCAAAGGGGCUAGUUUCCUCGGGCAAUAUGCGAGCUCUUAUUUUCAAGAACCUCGUUGUUGCCAGCAGAGAUAUAACCCACGUGCUAUUCGCGUUCGGCCUGCUGGUCGUGGCCGUGUCCUCGGUGUACCUGGGGCUGGGGCCCACGCCGCGCGACCUGCGGCUCGCCGUCGUCAACCACGACCGCGGCUCGGCGCGCCACGACUGCCGCGGGCCGGCGCUCGGCGACGCCGGCUGCAGCUACCGCGACCUCAGCUGCAGGUUCCUGGCGCAGCUGCACGGGCCCAUCAUCCUCAAGGAGUUCUACAACAGCACCGAGGAGGCGGUGGAGGCCACGCGCAAGGGACGGGCUUGGGGAGUCCUGCACUUCCACAGCAACUUCACCGAGGCCCUCGUGGAGCGGGCCCUCAACAGCACGAGGCCGUCGGACGGGGCCCUGGAGGACUCCAACAUAUACGUGCGGCUGGACAUGUCGAAUUAUGCGACUGGACUUUUACUUCGACAAGAAAUUCUAGCGGCAUUCGACAGAUUUGCUGAGCUUAUGCUUGUAUCUUGUGGAUACAGCACUAAGCUGGCACACAACCCCGUGAGGAUUAAUGAUCCGGUAUAUGGCAGCUACCCACUUAAUUUUCUGAAUUUCGCAGCACCGGGCACAUUAAUUGUGAUGAUGUUCUUCUUUGGUGUCGCAUUGACUGUGUGGGCCAUAACAGCGGAACGAAGACAAGGGCUGGUUAACAGGAAUUUUGUCGCAGGCGUGAGGUCCUACGAGGUGCUGCUCAGCUACCUGAUGUCGGAGUUCGUGAUAAUGACCUCACAGGCCGUGUUACUCGUCAGCCUGUCGCUGUUCGUCUACAAGUUCCAGUGCAUCGGCAGCACGGCGCUCGCAAUCGUCAUCAUCUACCUGCAAGGGAUCAACGGCAUCCUGCUAGGUCUUAUCAUCUCGUGCUCAUGUGAUAGAGAAGAGACAACAAAUUAUCUUGCUAUUGGAAGUCUCGUACCUUUGCUGUUAUUCUGUGGCAUCAUCUGGCCCGUGGAAGGCAUGGACACGCCCGUGCGCAUCGUCAGCGUCCUCUCGCCUCUGACGAUGCCCGUGAAGGGACUGAGGGCCGUGAUGGCGCGCGGCUGGACCAUCCUCGACUUCGAGGUGUACGCCGGCCUCUUCAUGACCUUCGCGUGGACCGUGGUGUUCGGGCUGGCGUGCCUGGUGAUCUUCAGGUUCAAGAAGCUCUGAGGCGCGGGAGGGCGCCCACAGAGAGUCACUUCGUGUCUUUCUUCCCCUACACCUCGCCCACGGAAGCGGUGACGAAACAAAAACUCCUCAAAUGAGUAUGGUGAUGUGGGGUAGAAUCGAAGUGAUCGAUACGAUUUCAUUGUUCAUGAUGGACACGGAAUAUAAAAAUUGAUUAAGUGACUUGGUCGUCUGACCAGUCACAUUACAGAUGAAUCGUGUUGGGUUUCUGCUGGCUGUGAUUUUAUUUUGGUACUUGUUUUGGUUUUGAAUCUCACGGUUGUGCACAAAAGCUUGAGGCGAUGGACGCUCCGUGGCUGCAAUGGAAUUGGGCUCUGAACUUCUUGGAUAACAACAAAGUGCUCUUGAAUUAGACUCGUGUAGGUGUGUUGGGAUUUUUUUUCAUGAUUAGACACCGAAAAAAAUUGGUGAUAUGGUAAAAAUUCAAAUUAUUAUACCUUUGUGCGUCUUCUGCUGUCAGUUUACUAUUACUACAGAGUAAUCUUGGCUAAAGACCUUCAAACAAAAUUUAAUGAAUCCCCUAGUUACCCUGUUGAGACACCUCAAAAGUCAGCAGCCAAUGAACAAGCAACAUUUGCUCAAGUAUUCAGAGUAUCGUGGAGUCAAUUUUAAGGGUCAUUGAAUACGCACAUUUUUCCAGUCCCUAUUUAUGACUCUCGUCAAUUGAGAGACAGGGUUAGCGGUUCAGACCUCUGAAGACACAUGACGAAGAAAAUAUGUUUGUUUUUCUAGCGAAUUUCAGAUGGCGUGGAUUCGAUUUAAUUUCAGAUCAUAAAUUAUUUGACACAUAGUACUCUAAGAAAUCAAAAAUUAAGUUGAGAUCAUGCAACAUCAAUUCUGACACAGAAAAUCCUCAUUUACAGUGAAAAUCUCUUUUAAUAUCAAUGAUUAGUGUGAUUUAAACUUUUGUGGACAAGUCAACUAUAUUUCAUAAUUUUAUUGUAUUUUUAAAUAAUUUUUUUGAGGUCAUUAGAAUAUUUUUAUUGUUUUAUUUGUUUGCGUAAUUAGUAGUUACAACGACGAUUUUAAUGUGUGUGUUUUUUUAGUAACUUAAUAUUGAAUUUCCGCUUUACUUAUAAUUAAUGUCACAUUCAAAUUUUUUUGAGGUCAUUAGAAUAUUUUUAUUGUUUUAUUUGUUUGCGUAAUUAGUAGUUACAACGACGAUUUUAAUGUGUGUUUUUUUUUAGUAACUUAAUAUUGAAUUUCCGCUUUACUUAUAAUUAAUGUCACAUUCAAAUUGUUGCUCAUAUUUAAAAUAGGAAAAGCAUGAAUUAUUCAGUAUCAUGUAAAUAUUAUUAAAAGAAAUAUACUUUACUAAAGAAAAUUUGCUUAAAAAUUUAUUUAUGGAUGGUAUUUCUUUGUGGUUUUUAAAAAGUGUACGUAAAUGCAAGAGAACAGUUUAGUGAAAAAAUCCAAGAACUGCAAAUAUUUUAUUAUACACAAAUUACCAAGCAAAAUAUUAAUAUGCAGACUAAAAUCAAUUGAAAAUUUUAAGCAUAAUAUUGUGUAAAUUACUGAAAAUUCCGGAGUUGUUUAUAUAUAGGUGCCACUAUUUUAAGACUGUUUUAUAAAUUACUUUUUUCGUUUGCAAUGUUCAUGUAUAUUUUGUAACAUACCUUGAUUAUAUUUUAAUUUAUUUCGCUAUAUUCUACGUUAUUACAUGUCAUGAUUUUAUAUUUUAAAAUGUUGUGAAAAAACUAAUUUUGUACUUGUUUAUUUAUUCUUCAUUAAAUGGAUUAAGAAUAAUAUUUUUUUGCCGUAAUGUGCACUUUAUGGAAUGUAUUAACAAAAUAAAACAAAAUAAUUAAAUACUAAGUUAACGCAAAACAAACAAAUAAAACAUUUUUAUUCUAAUUUUAUAAGUUUAAUUCAAGAGUUCAAGUUCUAUUCCUGCUUCUGUGAUGUCAGAAUUGUGUUUUUUAAAUUAAUAGUUCACUAAUUACAUGUAAACUUCAUGGCGAAAUAAAUGUUUAGGAAACAGCAAA